CUCUCCUCUCACAUCUACAAACAAACACACAAAUCAAAACACACAUCUCUUCUUCAUCUCCACAUUCUCAAUUCCAAUGGCGCGUACCAAGCAGACCGCUCGCAAGUCCACCGGAGGAAAGGCACCCAGGAAGCAGCUCGCCACCAAAGCUGCUCGCAAAUCAGCUCCGGCCACCGGAGGAGUGAAGAAGCCGCACAGAUUCAGGCCAGGAACCGUCGCUCUCCGAGAAAUCCGCAAGUACCAGAAAUCCACAGAGCUCCUCAUCAGGAAGCUCCCAUUCCAGCGCCUGGUCCGUGAAAUCGCCCAGGAUUUCAAGACCGAUCUGCGUUUCCAGAGCUCUGCUGUGGCGGCUCUUCAGGAGGCAGCUGAGGCUUAUCUGGUCGGUCUGUUCGAGGACACUAAUUUGUGCGCUAUUCACGCCAAGAGAGUAACCAUCAUGCCCAAGGACAUCCAGUUGGCAAGACGCAUUCGUGGAGAACGUGCUUAAUUUUAUGCCUAAUUCGAUGAAUUGGAAGGACAUGUGAUGUAAAGAAAGGUUGUUUCUAGGGUUUGUUAAGUAGCUUUUGAUGUUCAAGAUGUAGUCCAGUAAUAGUCGUGAAAGCAUUUUAAUCGAUUAUGAAGUUAUCUUAUUUAA